GAAUAGAGCGUGGGAAUGUGACAGCACGUUUCAUGAUUGGAAACCAAACGAAUGAUGAAGCAGCAAAGUUCAAAGCUACGAAAUUCGAAUUUCCCAUUAUUUUAUUUGCUCUUUCGAUUUCCAAUCGGCAGAGAAUUUUGGGUGCGUCGUGCGCAAAAGCCGCUACAAAUUGAAACAUCCGCCGAACACAUCAAUGCCAGCAAGCCAUUUCAGAGAGAAGAGAGAAGAGAGAGGAAUCUUUGUCUUCUUGGGUUACUCCGUCUUUGAGAACCUGGAAAUUUUCUUUUGGCGAGCAGAGAGGCUGAGCUGGUCUUUGAUCGAAAAACCUUCGAACCUCUCUCUCUCUCUCUCUCUAAGAUUGAUUCUCGUGUGCGCACGUAGUUUCGUUUCCCUGCGUUGACAAGGGAAAAAUAAUCAAUCCGACCCCAGAAGGGGAAGUUUCUGAUUUCUUGGAUCAUCUUUUGCAAUUGGGUUCUGAUUUAAUUUGGGGGUUCCUCUUCCAUGGAGUUUCUGGUGGACAAAUAGGAGCGGUUGGUUUUCUUCCUCCUUGGUUUUUGGGUACAGGAUUCCGAGUUGGGUGGAUCGUUUCACCGGCUCGGCAUGGCCACGCCGAAGAAACCCAAAAGACUUUACCAAGUUUGGAAGGGAAGUAAUAAAUUUUUCUGUGGUGGGAGAUUGAUAUUUGGUCCUGACGUGUCGUCUCUGCUUCUCUCCAUAUGUCUUAUUACUGGUCCUUCAGUUGCUUUCUGUGUGAGGGUAUGUUUGAAGAUCUAUGAUGUGGAACCACCCAGUAAUGCUCAUUGGUAUCCUGUAUUAUUUGGUGGUCUCAUACUCACUUUUCUGGAUUUGAUGUUUCUCUUCUUGACUUCUAGUAGAGAUCCUGGAAUACUACCUCGAAAUUCACGGCCUCUCGAGUUAGAUGAAUCAGAAGACAUGGCUACACCAUCCAUGGAAUGGAUCAAUGGAAGAACCCCACAUCUGAAAAUCCCUCGAACUAAAGACGUGAUUGUAAAUGGUCAUACGGUAAAAGUCAAGUACUGCGACACUUGUUUGUUUUAUCGACCUCCUCGUGCAUCUCAUUGUUCCAUAUGCAACAAUUGUGUUCAGAGAUUUGAUCAUCACUGUCCAUGGGUUGGGCAGUGCAUUGGAAUACGUAAUUAUCGGUUCUUCUUCAUGUUCAUAACAAGCUCAACUAUCUUGUGUGUAUAUGUGUUGUCAUUUUCGUUGGCCAUUCUUAUUCAUCAUCAAGAAACCUUUUUCAAGGCUGUAUCCAAAGAUAUCCUGUCAGAUAUUCUAGUAGUGUAUUGCUUCAUCGCCUUCUGGUUCGUUGGUGGCCUUACCAUAUUCCAUUCUUAUCUUGUAUGUACAAACCAGACUACCUAUGAGAAUUUCCGGUACCGGUACGAUAAGAAGGAGAAUCCAUAUAACAGAGGAUUGUUACAAAACCUUAGAGAAGUAUUUUUCUCCCAGAUACCACCUUCAUCAAAUAAGUUCCGAUCCAUCGUUGAGGAUGAUCAUAUGAUGGUGGCUGUCACUCCUAAUUUUGAAGGUGUUCGUACCUCAAAGGAGAAAAUUGAUAUUGAAAUGGGAAGUAAACUUAUGGAGGAUGAGGCCUUCCCAAUUCCCGAGAUUUUGAGGGGCUUGGAAUUUGACGAUGAUUUGGAAGAUGAUUUUAAAACUACCAUCGAAGGAGAAAGACCUCACGUUGAUCCACUAUUUCCACUUAACGAAGAACUAGAGAAAUUUGAAAAAGGUGCCAGUGAUAGAGUGCCUGAUUCUCAGCAAGUAUUAUUUAUGGGAGAUAGUGAUGCAGUAGCUGUAGAAAGUUCCACCCGUACUUGGGUUGACACAGAUGGGACCGAGGAUGCGAAUGACUCAUCUCAAAGUAAAGUUUCAAAGUUUUAGGCGUAAAGGUGGUGGAGGCAGGGGAAGCAGUAUAUGCAUCUGGGAAUGCUUGCUGCUUUCAUUAGAAGCAGUGGGAAAUGGCUUAAAGAAAGAUUGUGUUGUACAUUAGGUAACCAAGUGUAGAUGUUCAAAGAAUUAAUGU